GUGCAUAACCUCAGUUUUCGCUGGGCUGAUGGGGAGGCCAGCGUUAUUAGCCCCUGCAGCAAAGCGGUUUGCGAGACCUUGUCAGUUUGCUGCUUCAGUCCAGGCCCAACCAGCCGUCUGCAGCGGUUCCUGAAAAGCCGGCGGCUGGCAGGGCCCGAGCCUUGGGCUGGCUAGAAACGCUCUCUGGAGCCCUAGCCCCUUCCAAGUGCCCGCUGUGGGCGCUCUGCAGAACCGACUCCAGGAGGAGGGGCGGGGGAGGGAGGCAAGGGAAGGGUUAACCCCUGCCUGGCUCCGGCAGCGGGCAGUGCCUGGCCGGUGCAUGCUUUUGCCUCUUCCAGCAGAGGGGCCGCUGAGUCACCAGGGCCCCGCUUGGUGAAUGGCUGCGCUCAAGAGGGGCUGGGCUGCCCUUCCGCUCCCGGCUCGCAGCUCGUCCCGCUCCGCAGUGCAGCCAGCCCGGCCGGCGGGAGGGCGCGGGGCAGCUCAGCAUGGCCGUGACCCUCAACAGCCGCUUCCAAGGAGGCAAAGCCUACGGGCAGCGGAGAGCGCAGCAGGAGGGGCGGCUGGAGGAGAUCAACAAGGAAUUUCUCUGUGACCCCAAGUUCAGUGAUGAAGAAGAUCUGGAGGAGAAACUUGCGGUGUUCAAAGAUCUGAUGUCUGUCAAAAGGAUGAUGGAGAAACUGGGGGCUCCAAAGACGCACUUAGAGCUGAAGAAGAUGAUCUCUGAAGUGACUGGAGGGGUUAGCGAAACCAUCUCUUACCAGGACUUCGUCAACGUGAUGCUUGGCAAGCGCUCCGCCGUCCUUAAAUUAGUCAUGCUGUUUGAAGGAAAAGCCAAUGAAAACAUCCCAAAGCCUUCUGGCCCACCUCCAGAGAGAGAUAUUGCCAGUCUUCCCUGAAGGCAAUAGGCUGAGAGCCAAAUCUGUCAGCACCAUGGUGGUCUGUAAGGAGGGUUACCUGUUUUGUUACUUUUACAUUGGUCAGUCUUAGUGAUAGAAACUAAUCUGCCUUAGAAGAGGAAUGACAAGGGAAGCCCAAGGACCCCCAGUUCACAGGUAGCUGUCUCUUUGCUGCGUCCCCUAGCCAGUUUCAUCGGUAGCAAAAGUGUAAAUGUGAUACCAAAAAUAACUGCAACCCCACCUGUGGUUCUCAGGUGAGAAAUUGCUGAUUGAUCUCUGUGGUCUCUAGCAUGGAUCUCUCUGCUAGAAAGGGCUGCCUCCUUUUGAACAGGUGGAUCCUGAGCCACAAUGAAUCAAAUGCCGAAUCUGCAUUCGGCACAGAGCAUCCUCCAGUCACUCCCAUGGGAAAUUGGUAUGUUCUUAACAUGGCCUUGCUGCCAGUCACUACCUUGCUAUCUGCGUCUCCUGAGGCUGCUGAUGAGUACUGCCCUGCCACACCUUGUAACGUGCCUUCUCAGCUCUACCCUACGCCUCCAUCCAGUUCCAGGAUGCGCGGGAUCUGGUGCCGAACUGGGAUGGCUCUUUGGGGCCCUGUUUCCUUUCGUUGUUGAUCAGGACUGUGGAAGAGAUUUUGCUGGUGGUUACACCUUGCAUGUGUCUUUUUGAACUAGGGUGCAAAUCCAUGAGAGUGCGGACCUGUUAAAGCCUCUGGGUGAGAUCCUGGCCCUACUGAAAUCAAUGGGAAUUUUGCCAUUGACUUUCUAAUGAGGCCUGGAUUUCCCAUUCUGUCUUGCAGUUCUAAGGCAGGCAAAAUUCUCACUGACAUCCACCAGUAUUUUGCCUGCCCAAGGUGCACGAUUUAAGCCCUAAGUGUACUUCUCAAGCUGUCUGCAGGAACAUAUAAUUGUUUGCUUAUAUGGCAACUACUAAAGAAUGCACAAGUAACUUAAAGAAUUCCUGCAUAGCUGUAACUUAAAGGAGCUCAUAACAGCAGUGAGACUAAAAAUAGGCAAGAAUUGCCCUCCCAAUCACAAUCACUGGCCUCCAACCAGAAGACAACAAAAAACUUCCGUCUUUGACUAUGGUGCAGGACAGAGAGCAAGCACCCCGUAGGGUCCCUCUUUGACCAAGGGGAAUAAGCCCUUGCAACUGUGAUCUCCUUUUUAGAAGCUAGAGAAACUAUUCUGUUAAGUCAUCUGUGGUAGAAGCUGUGCAUCCAUUGUCUGCUUAUAUUUAUAUAGUUAAAAUGUAAACUUCAUAAUAUAUUGGGUUUGUUUUCCUUGUAAUGUGAAUAAGUGGCUGGCUUCUGAAGCUUGCAGCCUUCCUCUGCUCCACUGACUGAUCCGUUCAAGUGCCUAGAAUAAAUCCCGUUUUAACAGCCAGUUGGAACUGGCUGUUAUCUUGCACCUGAAAUAUUGGGGGUGGUGGGAGAAUGAGCCCAGCUUUUUUGCCUUCGAAUUUUACAGAAGAGGCCUGUGAUGUGCUGAACCUGUAGGUCAAGGAAAUGGGACUCCAGUCUGAGUCUUUAAGCUGUUCCAGAAGAACUGUGGAUGAGUCUGUUUGUUCAUAUUGAUGCCCUCAAAACCUCCUAAAUUAGACAUUGAUCCUCCAAACAUACUCCUUCCUAUGUGCUUGAAUUUACUCACAUGCAGAGUCAGUUGAUUUCAAUGGGACUACUGUGCGAUUAAAAUUGAGCACGUGAACUUUUUUUUUUUAUGGGAACAGGGAUCUUUAUGUCUCACUUUUGGGGGUGGGAAAGACUCCCCUGCAUACCAGAACUUAGAUCUAGCAGGACUGUGCUCUGGACAUUGAAGUGUUCGUUGCUGUGUACUCUGUAUUUACAAUGCUUGGAACGUAGUUGUUUGCCCCUGGGGUUUCAUUGCUUAUCGUGUUUCUUCCCUCCCACUCUGGCUUUUUUUUCCUUUGUCCUUGGCAGCUUUUAACUUUUGUGGUUUUUUAAAUCAUGCCUUAAAUAAAAACAGAUACCCAAUUUA